AUGAGAGGACCUCUGGGAGCUGUGAUUGGAAGAUACACUUCAAGUGAUGGGAGUGAAAAAGAUGGGAUCAUCAAACACAACAGAAAGUGCAGAGACAUCACUUUUCUCAUCAUCUUCAUUGCCUUUUGGGUCUCUAUGAUUGUUAAUUCCAGCUUUGGCUUCAACCAAGGAAACCCAUUAAGACUUACAUAUGGAUUGGACUAUGAAGGGAAUGUGUGUGGUAGCAAGCACCAUCACCGUGACCUUACUAAACUUGAGCUUAGAUAUUGGUUAAACCCAAACCAAGUUUAUGAGAGUGGUUUGAAAGAUGGGGAACAUAAGCUGGGUAACGCUAGGACUAUAUGUCUUUUGGAUUGUCCUGAACCUUCGGAUGAUACUCUAAAUUGGGUCUGUGACUAUCCUGAUGGAGAGAUUCGUCUCAAGAUGAGUGAUUGGGUUGAGAGGAACUAUGAUUACUUUGAGUUUCUUACUCCUGAAAUGAGGAACUCGUCUCUUCAGCUUCAGGGUCCUUGUUACCCUAUUAUAUUCCCUAGUGUUAAUGUUUAUUGGAGCUGUCAAUAUAUAGCUCGUGCUUCAAAUUCAUCACUGCGUCACUGGCAGCAGAUGGGUGGUGUGAAUAUUCAAGAGGAUAUGAUCAUAGACAAAUCUAUAAGAAGGUCGUUGAAUUCUCGUGCCUCGGUUCUUAAGCGUUAUGUGGCUGAUAUAGGCAAGUCAUGGCCAGUAUUGAUUGUUUGUGGAGGCCUUGUCCCGCUUUUUCUAUCCAUUGUUUGGCUUCUCCUUAUUCGGCAUUUUGUUGCCGCCAUGCCUUGGAUCACUGUUGUCCUUUUCAACAUGCUUUUAAUAUCGGUGACCAUCUUCUAUCACUUAAAAGCUGGAUGGAUUGGGAAUGAUGCUGUAACACCUAUUAUCGGUGAGCAUGACCCAUACUUUCAUGUAUAUGGUCGAGAGCUGACUCAUGUCCGAGGAGUCGCCAUUCUGAUGACUUUCAUCUCAGUUGUUGCUAUCCUCACUUCAAUCGCCAUCAUCCGCCGUAUCCUCAUGGCAACAUCAGUCCUCAAGGUAGCUGCUAAAGUAAUCGGAGAAGUGCAAGCGCUGAUUAUAUUCCCUGCUAUACCAUACGCAAUGCUCGCCAUAUUCUACAUGUUCUGGCUAUCAGCAGCUCUCCAUCUAUUCAGCUCUGGUCAAGUUGUUCAGAACAACUGCAACAACACUAACUGUUGCGCUUAUGAUCUCGUGUUAAAGAAAGUGAACUGUGACCGUUGUUGUGGUUACAGCAUACGUUACACUCCUCACAUCACCAUUGCCAUAUUCUUCCAUCUAUUUGGUUGUUACUGGGCCACACAGUUCUUCAUUGCAUCUUCUGCCACGGUGAUUGCUGGCUCUGUUGCUUCCUAUUAUUGGGCUCAAGGGGAAGCAGCUUCGCCAGAGAUACCUUUUCUUCCUGUUUUCGCCUCAAUGAAGCGGCUUGCACGUUACAACUUAGGAUCAGUGGCUCUUGGUUCACUCAUUGUGUCUUUUGUGGAGUCUGUUCGGUUCAUUCUCGAAGCUAUUCGUCGUAAAACAAAAGUAAGAGGGACCACACCUGAUCACUGGCUUGGGAGAAUGGGUCAUUACACAUCACGUGGGUGUCUUAAAAGUGUGGAGUGGACCAUCAAAUCGGUUAACCGCAAUGCCUACAUAAUGAUUGCUAUAACAGGGAAAAGCUUCUGCAAAUCAUCUGCAAUCGCAACAGAGCUGAUCAUGAACAACAUUAUGAGGAUUGGCAAGGUUAAUGUAAUAGGAGAUGUGAUAUUGUUUCUAGGGAAGCUUUGUGUGAGUCUCUUCAGUGCUCUCUUUGGCUUUCUGAUGUUGGAUUCACACAAAUAUAGGGAUUCCCACAACAAAGUCUCGUCCCCUCUAUUACCUGUCUUGGCAUGCUGGGCUCUGGGGUAUGUUGUGGCUACACUUUUCUUUGCGGUGGUUGAGAUGUCGAUAGACACAAUCAUACUCUCCUUCUGUCAAGACUCAGAGGAGAAUCAAGGGAAUGCUCAGCAUGCGCCGUCACUUCUACUUGAAACUUUAGAUAACAAUGAGGAAGAGGUUCAGAGACUCACCCACUGA